AUGGCGUCUACCAGCCGACGACGCGAGAUGGACGUUAUGAAGCUGAUGAUGAGCGAUUGGAAGGUGGAGAUGGUGGAGGACAACGUCAGCGAGUUUUAUGUGGAGUUCAAGGGCCCCGGAGAGAGCCCCUACGAGGGCGGCUGCUGGAAAGUCCACGUCGAGCUGCCGGAUGCCUACCCCUACAAAUCGCCGUCCAUCGGCUUCGUGAACAAAAUUUACCACCCAAACGUGGACGAGAUGGCCGGUUCUGUGUGUUUGGACGUUAUCAACCAAACCUGGAGCCCGAUGUUUGACCUGGUGAACGUCUUCGAGGUGUUCCUCCCCCAGCUGCUGCUAUACCCCAACCCAACGGACCCUCUGAACGGCGAGGCUGCGGCCCUGCUGAUGCGUGAACCGGAUGCCUACUCCAAGAAAGUGCGAGAGUACGUCCAGCGGUUUGCCCGACCUGAAGAGGUCUCGCUGAAGCCGUCCAACAAAGAGGACAGCGCUGACGAGCAGAUGACGGGCUCCGAGGGCGGUUUCCUGACGGACUCCGAAGAUGAGGAGGGUGGGCAAAGGGAAGAUGGCCUGUGUACACAAUGA